AUGCGUGGAAUGGCGCAGAGAGGAGAAAGAGACUCUCUCGUUCCCUCAGGGUCGCGGCCGGCCGAGCGUGUGUUGAUUCUAGGCGGAACGGCGUUCAUCGGACGGACAGUCACCCGUAAACUCCACGAGGAUGGAUAUCUGCUCGUCUUUAUCAAUCGAGGGCGGUCCUACUGGAAUGGAGAAAAUAUCGCGGACGCCGAGUAUCACCGCGCAGACCGCAGAGCUCCGGAGGCCUUUGCGGAGUGCAUCGCUUCUCUGACCGACAGAGAGGAAGCGAGACGUGGAAAAUCGUGGCUGGCGGUCGUCGACUUCUCCGCCUAUAAGCCGAGAGACAUCUUGGCGUCCUUGAAUGGUCUCCGCGGGCGCUAUGGAACGUACAUUUACAUUUCAACUGACAGCGUGUACGAGGUUUCCGACUCGAGCCUAUGGCAGGGACUCCCGAGCGUCUCUGAGGACUUCGCCGUCCGUCCGAAGGAGAGGCAGCGCGUCGCACUUCUCAAAAAGAAAGACACUUACGGACAUAACAAACUUGCGGUGGAGGAAAUUCUUCGCGAACAGGCGAACGCGACAGGACGGCCGGUCGCCUGUCUUCGGCUUGCUGAUGUCAUUGGACCUUUCGACGACACAGAUCGCUUCUGGACCUACUUCUGGUGGACGCAAGUUGCAAGGCAGCAUCCCGUCCUUGUGGAUCCGACAGGCCCAACGCAGCGCAUGAAUCUGACUUUCGUCGAAGAUGUCGCCGCGGCUGUCUCCCGUCUUCUCCUAUGCGCGCGUAUCGCGGAGCCUCAAUGUUCUGCCCAAAGCAGGACGGCAGACCUGCAUGAGCAUCUGUCUUCCUCUGCCUCGGUCUCUGCCUCUCGAGACAAGACGGAGGCCGCAGCGACAGGCAAUCUCGAAGCACAGGAGAGCCUCUUCCGUGCAUUCAACUUGGCUUGCGAGGAAACAGUGACGCUCGUCGAGAUGCUGGAACUGCUGCACCAGCGCUGUGUGUCUUAUCGCCGCGAAGGCCUCCUUCCUUCUCCAUCAGUCUCCACCGAGACGGAUCGCGCUCAAGGAACGCCGAGAGGACGCGAAGAGGAACUGCGGUGGCGCAUCGAGGAAGACUGUCUCAGAUGUCCCUCAUUCCUUCCUUCUGUCUGUCGAGAGACGCCGCUGACGAUGAAGAAAAUUCGUGCAGAGCUGGGGCUCUCGCUCACGCCUUUGGUGGAAGCAGUCGACACCACGUGCAGGUGGAUGGCGGCCGCGACUCGCGCUUUUCCCAAAGAAGCUGCUGAUGCCGCCAGAAAAUUGCCUACUGACGCCCGGCAAACCGUGAGAGCUCUCCACCAGGAUCUUCGACCUUUUCUCCCUUCGUCUGCCUCGUCGUCUUCCUCUUCUUCUUCCUCGUCUUCGUCUUCGUCAUCUUCUUCGAGUAGUUCGGAGGAAUCCAGCGACGAGGAGUGA